UCUCCCUCAACCUGCCUCCUCCUUCCUCCUCUCUCUCUUCACAUUCUCUCUCUAAAACACCCACAUUCUCUGUCUACACCUCCGCCUCCGCCUCUCUCUCCUUUUAGAUCUUUCCACCGCCUUUCAUGGAUCUACAACCCCCACUCACUCCCCCAGUUUCCGCCUCUCAUUCUCUCUCCUAGGUUUAGUCGCCGCCACUCUUUCCACUGUUUUUUUGUAGCUUAAACCAUGCAAUCCCUAGCUCAAUGCGAUGGAGAACCUCGCCGGAAACCUAGAAGCCUCGGGCUACACUUCUCCGGUCACUCUCUCGAGCUCCAAGGAGGCUGCUUUUGACGAUGUUCUGUGUGAAUUUCGACAAUGCGAACUCCAAUUCUGCUUCUGCUGUUUGUUCUCCUCCUGCUCAGCUUGAUUUUCUGCUGCUCAGACCAACCGUUGUCUAUGAAAAAUUUCUCAGUCGAACGCGCAAGGUCAAUGUUGAUGGUUCUUCCAUUUGCUUCAUCAAAACGAUCCAAAGCAUGGGCGGUCAAGCCUUUUACGGGAAUCCUUGCACCUGCACCUUCGCCAAUUCAUCUAGGUCCUAGCAGUCCUCACCCACCACAGCGCAACAAUUAUCGUUAUCAUCAUGUGAGAGUGAAACCCCGUGCUGUUGCUCCAGCUCCAUCAAAUGACCCAGGUUGUGAUCAAAUUUGUGUAGAGCCACUUACCACAUCUCCAUUUGGUUCACCUUGUGGUUGUGUGUUUCCCAUGAAAGUCCAACUUUUACUGGACAUAGCUCCUUAUGCUAUUUUUCCAGUAAUGAGUGAGCUAGAGAUUGAGAUUGCUGAAGGCACGUAUCUGACACAAGGUCAAGUGAAAAUAAUGGGUGCAAGUGCUGAUAGUCAAAAUCAAGGAAGAACAGUGGUGGAUAUUAACUUGGUUCCACUAGGGGAGAAGUUUGAUAAUACCACUGCGAUACUGACAUAUGAUAGAUUUCAGCAUAAGAAAGUGCCUCUGAAUUUGACACUUUUUGGAAACUAUGAAGUGGUAUACAUUAGUUAUCCAGGGCUACCUUCUUCACCGCCAUAUGAGAUUUACAAUGGGCAUGAUCCAGCUGGAAUUGCUGGAGGUCUCCCUAUCACCGCGGAUUUUGGCGGCAAGAACCAGAGGAUGAAUAUUAGAACGAUUGUGAUUAUUGCUCUGUCUGCAUUUGUAGUCCUGGUGGUUCUCCUUGUGGCUAUCUGUAUCUUUGUGAAGGGGAGGAGAGUUGGAAGACCAUCUAACGCAGUCGGUCCUGUAUUCACACCUUCUGUUCACAAAAGAUCUGGUAUCGGGUCUAUCUUAUCAAGUAGUAUUGCAAGCUCCACUUCAGUGUCCCUAAUGUCCACCAUGGCUACCAGUAUUCUCUCUGUCAAAACAUUUCCACUAACUGAGCUUGAGAAAGCAACAAAUAAGUUCAGUUCCCAAAGGGUUUUGGGAGAAGGGGGAUUUGGACGUGUUUACCAUGGAAUUAUGGAAGAUGGGACUGAAGUUGCAGUCAAAGUGCUUACAAGGGAUAAUCAGAAUCAGAAUGGAGACCGUGAAUUUAUUGCAGAAGUUGAGAUGCUAAGCCGUUUGCAUCACCGUAAUCUUGUGAAGUUGAUAGGCAUUUGUAUUGAAGGGCGGACACGCAGUUUGGUAUAUGAGAUUGUUCGCAAUGGAAGUGUUGAAUCUCACUUGCACGGCAUUGACAAGAUAAAUGGGCCCCUUGACUGGGAUGCAAGGAUGAAGAUUGCCCUUGGGGCAGCAAGAGGAUUAGCCUAUCUUCACGAAGAUUCUAAUCCUCGUGUUAUUCACCGAGAUUUUAAGGCUAGUAACGUUUUGCUGGAAGCUGACUUCACACCCAAGGUUUCAGAUUUUGGGUUAGCUAGGGAAGCAACUGAGGGAAGUCAUCACAUCUCUACUAGGGUCAUGGGAACUUUUGGGUAUGUUGCCCCAGAAUAUGCAAUGACAGGGCACCUACUUGUCAAGAGCGAUGUUUAUAGUUAUGGCGUUGUGCUGCUGGAACUCCUUUCUGGAAGAAAACCGGUUGACAUGUCCCACUCUCCGGGACAGGAGAAUUUAGUAACAUGGGCACGACCAUUGCUAACGAGCAGAGAAGGCUUGCAGCAGUUGGUGGAUCCCACCUUAGCUGGAACCUAUGACUUUGACGACAUGGCUAAAGUGGCAGCCAUUGCUUCCAUGUGCGUUCACCCUGAGGUGACCCACAGACCUUUUAUGGGUGAAGUUGUGCAGGCUCUAAAGCUGCUAUACAAUGAUAACGAUGAGACUGGUGGGGACUGUUAUAGUCAAAAGGAGUCUUCCGUCCAGGACUCUGACUUUAAAGGUGAUCUUGCCCCAUCUGAUAGCAGUUGGUGGAAUGCUGGUGGACUCACUCGGAUGAAUUAUGGUCAUGCCUCUUCAUUCAUCUCAAUGGAGUACAGUUCUGGACCACUUGAAGAUAUGGAAAACAGACCGUUUGCAACUUCAAGUUUGGUAGGGGAUGAGAUAUUGUUACCAAUCAGACACGGCAAUAGGUCAGGGCCAUUGAGAACGGUCCGAAGCAAGCCAGCAUUCUACAGAGUAAGAGGAAGUAGGAGCGAGCACGGGGGACUGGUCUCGAAGAAGCGUGCUUGGAACGAUGGCUUCUGGGUUUGAACAAGUUUGUUAACUUAAUUUUUUGAAUUUUGUACAGCUCAAAAAGGACCGAGGCGGCUUUUUAGUUAAGCCGUCGGUGUAGAUUAGGGUUGGAAAAUCCUGCGGAUUCCAUGUUUGGAAGAUGAGAGAGAAAGUGAGGAGAGAGGACUAAUGGGUUCUAAUUUUGGAAUUCUUGAUUCAUUUGCAUACAAGCUCAAGAUGGAUGGAGAAAUGUAAGUUGAAUGUAAGUUCAAUGGCUUAUUGAUUUGACAAUUUUACCCUCGUUUGUAUUUGUUGGGCUGAAAUUCAUCUCCUACUUGUAGCCAGAUAUAACUUAUCUGAUUCAGAUUGACACUUUCCGCUGAUGAUUGUCAGCUUCUGUUAAUUUGUACGGACGAAGUAUAUGGAGAUUAAGGUCUUCAAGCUGCCUA